UCGGUAAUUAAGAGUUGGACGAUAUCGGCAAAAAGCCAUUAUCGGACAUCCCUAAUUAAAAUAUAAAAUUGAGAACUACUGUCUUACAUAGGGAUUGUGAAUGAUAAGCAACAAUUCCAAACAAGUGCUGUUCCCCUUUUAAAGUAUAGAUAAUGGUGUUAUGCAGAUUCAGGACCUGCCAUAAAAAGUAAACACAUUUUCUGAUAGGAAAAACAAUUGUUUUGUAAGAGGAUUAUAUCAAUACUUGUUUUGUAGAAACAUCCAUUUUUCUCACGAGGAUUCAUGUAAUACAAUUAUAGUCUCUGUGUGUGCGUCGGGCUCAUUUGUCGACGGUCCCCUGGUGACGUCACAACGACCCUGUCAGGUUGGCGAAGGGGGAGGGGCCACGAAAGAGAGAGAGAGAGAGAGAGUAGUAUACCGGUGGGCUGACGACGUGAAAGGAAACAUUCAACAUAGGACGGCUGAGCGCAAACAAGGAAAAGGAAGACGAAAUUUAAAUUAAAAAGUCCGAACAACAACGACGAGACUGCGCGGGGGCGGACACACGCACACAGAACAACCAUUUCCAAAAUCAAUUACCGCGUGUCGUCAUUAGUUUGUCAUCCAUUCGCCGCCAAAACAAGCUAGCGCGCGAGACAACUUCUGCCAUUUUUAAAAAAAAAUUUUUUUUGCCCGACUUUGUACGGACACACACGCAAAAAAAACCAACAACCAAAAAAAAAAAAAAACCAAGUGUCCGAACUCUUCGUGCGAGUUUGCUUUGUCAGGACACAACCUGUAGUAUCUCGGGGAGGAGGAGGAGGAGGAGGAGGAGUAGAGGGAGGCACAAAGAGAGGAGAGCAUCCACGGGAGAGAAGACACUUCACUCGCAUCCUUUUUUUGAAUUUGGGACAAUCUUCACCAUUUACCUGCAACAAGAGCUGCCUAAACAAAGAAGCCUCCCCGAUGCCUAUGACCGAGCCCCCCCAUCAUGUUGUGUGUGUCCUCUGUCCUCUGUAGGGGUCCACGGCUGCCGCCGCCGCUUCCUCCUCCUUACCAUAGAUCCACCUGCUCCUCUUCAGGGGGGUACCUGCCUCUAAAUCCUUCUUAGUCCCCUCAUCCGAGCCCCUCUCUCCCGAUGAAGGAGGCCGACGCCAUCAAGCUUUUUGUGGGGCAGAUUCCCCGGAAUCUGGAGGAGAAGGACCUCAAGCCCAUUUUUGAGCAGUUUGGCAAGAUCUAUGAGCUCACUGUGAUUAAGGACAAAUACACCGGCAUGCACAAAGGAUGUGCGUUUCUGACGUACUGUGCGAGGGAGUCUGCACUCAAAGCCCAGAGCGCCCUGCACGAGCAGAAAACACUACCAGGGAUGAAUCGGCCAAUCCAGGUGAAACCAGCAGACAGUGAGGGCAGAGGAGAGGACAGGAAGUUGUUUGUGGGGAUGCUGGGAAAGCAACAGAGCGACGAGGACGUGAGAAGGCUGUUUGAGCCCUUUGGCAGCAUAGACGAGUGCACGGUGUUAAGAGGACCUGACGGCACCAGCAAAGGGUGUGCGUUUGUAAAGUUCCAGGGCCACUCUGAAGCCCAGGCUGCAAUAAACAGCCUGCACGGGAGCCGCACAAUGCCUGGCGCGUCAUCCAGUCUGGUGGUGAAGUUUGCCGACACGGAGAAGGAGCGGGGGCUGAGGAGAAUGCAGCAAGUGGCCUCCCAGCUGGGCAUCUUCAGCCCCAUGACGCUCAACUUCCCCGCCUACAAUGCCUACACGCAGGCGGUCAAUGCUCAGCUCGUCCAGCAGCAGGCCCUGGUCGCCCAGUCAGCAUAUUUGUCCCCGGUGGCGACGGUCGCCGCCGUGCAGAUGCAGCAGAUGGCGGCGCUCAAUGCCAACGGAAUCAUCGCCACGCCCAUCACGCCCAUCACGCCGUCAUCAGGGACAAACACUCCGCCGACUAUUGCAGCCACGCCUGUGCCAGCUCUCCCUCCUCCAAUAGGUGUGAAUGGCUACAGCACCGCGCCGACCAAUGGCCAACAGGGAACCGAGACAUUAUACACCAAUGGCGUUCACACAUAUCAAGCUCAGAAUCCAGCAGCUGCCCUGGACCCGCUACAGCAGGCCUAUGCUGGCAUGCAGCACUACACAGCGUACCCUGCCGCCUACGGAUUGGUCGGCCAGCCGUUCCCCCAGCAGCCAACACUGGUUGCCCAGCAACACCAGCAGCCCCAGCAACAGCAGCAACGGGAAGGUCCGGAGGGAUGCAACAUCUUCAUCUACCACCUGCCUCAGGAAUUCAGCGAUUCAGAGAUGCUGCAGAUGUUCCUGCCCUUUGGCAAUGUUAUCUCGGCUAAGGUGUUUGUUGACCGGGCCACCAACCAGAGCAAAUGUUUCGGAUUUGUCAGUUUUGACAACCCAGCCAGCGCUCAGGCUGCCAUCCAGGCAAUGAAUGGCUUCCAGAUCGGCAUGAAGAGGCUGAAAGUGCAGCUGAAACGGCCAAAGGACGCCAACCGCCCGUACUGAGUGACAGCAGACGCGAGGGAGAACAGAUGGAUAAAGGUGACUUUCCCACUUCACCCCAGGUGGAAUUCCCAGAUGUGUGCUUUUCAGACUGCCUGCUGCCUUUGAGCAUCCGCCGAGUGCAUUCACGUACUCUCUCUCACACACACACACACACACACACACACACACACACACACACACACACACACACACACACACACACACACACACACACACAGGAUUUACAAAUGUACAUAACAAGCGCAAACACACACACCAAGUUCCCCUUAGAGCUGAGAGCGCCAUCUAGUUGCCAACAGGGUGUUUAGUAGAGUGCAAAGGGAAAGUGAAAGUACUGAGGUAUCACUUGCAUAGACAUGUUUAUACAUCUCUAUUAGCUAAGGGAGCCAUGUUUUCAUGAGAUAAAAAAAAAAAAAACAUGCAUAGGCUAGGAGGAGUGUAAAUAUUUAGUUGACGACGGACAGCAUUUAAAAAUAAGGGGAAAAAAUGCAAAAAAGACGACUUUAGACAUAAACACUGAAAAAACACCAUUAUUUUAUUUAUUAUCAUUAUUAAUGUUAUUAUUACCACUGGUAACAUCAUCAUCAUCUUCAUAAAGGGAUUAUCACAUUCCAAAUUGUACAAUGGGAAAUCACUAACCUAUUUUAAAUUUCUACUUCGAUUUUAAGUGAAUCUGGGUGGUGGGGGGGGCGGGGGAGGGGGGGGGGUGCACUUUUAUUCGGGAGGUUUUAAUAUUUGAGCUAUUUUUUAUUUAUUUACUAAUUUAUCUAAUUAUUUUGUUUAUCGGGAGAAGGGCUUCGAGCGGGUUUGCGAUAUUUUCAUUUUAGAAUUUUUCUAGAGAAUUACAAAAAAGUAAAAAACAACUUUGGGAGUGU